ACGCUUUGUGUUGUAAGCAAUUCCAAUCAAACGUGUUGAUCAAUAUGUUUACCCAGACGACGUAAUUUGUAAAUUCAUUGACAAUUUGAAAAGCUAAAUCCGGGUUAGACAGAGGCGUCUUUCUGUUUCCGUGUUGGCCUGUUCCAUAGACUGAUACAGUCUAUGGCCUGUUCUUAGUAAGCACAACUCUGCUGUAACACAACUACGUCUUCAUCUCCAUGUAAUGCACAGUGCUGAUACCGAUCGGUCCGAGUAGACGAUAAAGUCGAAAAUGUUUGAUUAGUGUUUGACCUCGCUAUAGGGUUUUAUAUUUGUCUUUAAGUAGGCCUACAAUGUGACAAAAAAAAACAUCCAUCGGGUCGUCCAUGGGAGAGUCAUGCUUCCCUCUACUGGCCCCACUAAUGCAUUGAAAUGCUGGACCUAAGUUUGAAACGUAUUCAUUCCCUGCCCUUGCUCCUUCCUAUAUAAAGCCUUCUUAGAGUCGAUACAAGCACAGUAACGUGGUCGUACGAUAAUGCUACAAAACUAUAAAAAGCAGACAUUCUCUGAUAAAAGUCAGAUUAAAACGAUCUUCCGUCUUCCUUUAUUUGGUAUCGGUUUCCGGGUUACCUAACCAAAGUGCUCUCUGAACACUUCCUGGAUAUUCAAAACACGUUCGCCGUCACUUCUUCGAAAACCUAAGUUCGGCAUCAAGGACUUACUGAUCAGCACUGUACAAAUGAUGCAUCUCUACUCUCUCUAAUGUCACUGGGCCAAACAAUAAUGACUGAUCACAUACACGCAUGUACUAGAGGAACCCCACUACAGAGGCAUGGCAGAGCAGGGUGGAGGGAACAGCCAGAGGGAGAGGGCCGCAGUGACAGGGCCAGACCUGCAGGGGGCCUUUGAGGUGAUCUGCCACACCCCUGAAGAGCGACUGCUGAGUAUCACACUGCAGAUGGGUGGCGAGAAUGGCUCUGCGGAGCAAUUGGUCCAGGCCAUGGCCCUCAUCGCCCUGCGGAGGGAGGCCGACGCUCUGCAGCGGCUACACGCCCUUGGCGGCCAUCGCAUCGCCGCUUACCUGGCCGGCCAGGUGAGCGCCAGCCAGGGGCAGCUGGAGGACCUCAGGGUGGACACGUUCGAGCCACCAGAGCCCCGUGUGGACACGCUUCGCGAGCUGGCGCGGAUCUACCGCGUGCUGGUUCAGGAGCGGCUGUGCGAGGCCUCGCUGCGCGAUCAGGCCUACCAGGCUGCCCUGCUGGAGUGCAGGAACAGCAGCAACGACAGCAACAGCAACGACGGGGAAGAGCUGCGCCACACAGGCACUUCCUACCUGAACGACCUCAUAGAGGAAGUCCGAGGUGCCUGUGGCGUGGAGAUGAGCUUGAAGGCCCUGCGGAUUAGCUCGAACAGCCCCCAGCCCCUCGCCACGGUCACCAGCCAGGCGGAGGGCAGCCGUAGCCAUCCCACGUCCCUCACCUCCUCCACCUUCAGCUCGAGCUCUCUGCCCAGCCACCUGGAGAUCAGCGCCACCCCAACACAGCCUUUGGGCGGCGCCAGCCACACACACUCACUGCAGAUCUCCACACAAACACAGGCCGCGCAGCAGAACACACACACACAGGCUACGCAGGAUACCUCUAUACACACACAGGCUACGCAGGAUACCUCUACACACACACCCAACUCACUCACGGGUGGUGCCUCUACACACACACCCAACCCACACACUGGUGCCUCUACACACACACCCAACUCACUCACAGGUGCCUCUACACACACACCCAACCCACACACUGGUGCCUCCUCUGCAGGUACUGCUCUGGUGGGGCGGGAGGCAGAGGGCUGUUCAGGCCCAGGGUCUGCAUGUCGCACGGGUGCGGAUAACGGCAACGCUGCUGCUGCCCCUGGUCCUGCACCUGCUGCUGCUGCCCCUGGUCCUGGUCCUGCCCCUGGUCCUGCCAUGCUGGACAUGCCCAGCCACCCCCCCACCCAGUGCUCAGGUAGGGGCGGGAUGCAUCAGCUCGUCACGUCCAUCAGCACAUGUGUGGAGACGCAGCGUCCACCUGAGCCCGUCCUCCCCGAAUUCUCCCGCUCCGUCAGCGCGCCCGAGGCGACGUCACGGCGGCAGGGGGAGGACGAGGACGAGGGGGUGGUGUUCUACGCGUUCGUUAUCCUGCACGCCCCAGAGGACGAGGCGGCGGCCGAGGAGCUGCGCAGUAAGCUGGAGAGUGCCACAGAGGGGACCGGGGCCACGUUCUCCCAGGACUUCCACAUCCCGGGCCGACACGCGCUCAGCUGCAUAGACGACGCCAUCAACAACUCGGCCUUCACCAUCUUGCUCCUCACACGCAACUUCACCUCGCGCAUGCAGGAGGUAGUCACCAACUCCGCCCUAAUGAAUGCUAUACAUAACUUCCACAAGUACAACACGGUCAUCCCGCUGCAGCCCCAGAGGAACCCUAUGCCCAACAACGAGGUACCCCUGGUCCUGAGGACCCUAGUCAUGCUCCGCGAGAGCAACCGGAACUUCAGCCACCUCGCCAGGAAGGCCAUCAGCCCGGAGAAGGUGAAACGGCAGAGGCGCGUCUGGGAGCAGGAGCAGGAGGUGUUGCGUCUGCAGGAGCAGCGGCGGCGACUCCUGGAGGAGAACCGCAGGCAGCAGGAGAGUAUAUGGCAGCAGCAGGAAUACAUCCGACUGGCCCAGGAGAACUGGGCCAACUACCACAAGCUGAGGAGUCAGAGUCCAACCCAUCUCCCACCUAAUUUUGCUCCUGCUCCAGGCAUGGCAGGGCCCUCUCCUGCCCCACCACCUAACUACCCCUCUUGGCCCCCACAGAUGCCACCUAACUACCCCUCUUGGCCCCCACAGAUGCCACCUAACUACUCCUCUUGGUCCCCACAGAUGAACCCAUAUACCCCUUGGCCCCCCUCACCACAGUCUCCAGCAAACAUUACGAUCCAGAAUGCAUCAUGCAUCAUGAUUGGGAAUGACUCUACUAUGACUAUAGGAGACCCGAGUGUGAUUCAGGAGGAUCUAAAUGAGGACUUACUACAGGAGGAUCUGGAUGAGGACUGACUGCACUGUGAUUCAGGAGGAUCUAGAUGAGGACUGACUGCACUGUGAUUCAGGGUGAUCUAGAUGAGGACUGCCUGCAAUGUGAUUCAGGGUGAUCUAGAUGAGGACUGCCUGCAAUGUGAUUCAGGAGGAUCUAGAUGAGGUCUGACUGUAUUGUGAUCUGGAUGAAGGCUGACUGCUGUGUGAUUCAGGGUGAUCUGGAUGAGGUCUGACUGCUGUGUGAUUUAGGGGGAUCUGGAUGAGGACUGACUGCUGUGUGAUUUAGGGGGAUCUGGAUGAGGACUGACUGCUGUGUGAUUUAGGGGGAUCUGGAUGAGGACUGACUGCUGUGUGAUUUAGGGGGAUCUGGAUGAGGACUGACUGCUGUGUGAUUUAGGGGGAUCUGGAUGAGGACUGACUGCAGACACAGGCUCAGAGCUCUUCUCAGGACACUGUGCUCUUACGGCAGUAAUGCUGCAGGCAUGCAAGUACAACAGUACUUCAGUACAACUGAAAUGCUACAAGAUGAGUUCAAACUCAAAUUUGUUCUCAAAAUGAUUAUUUCUCUCAAUUUUGUAACUGACUAGUAAUUCUAUGUUCUCUUAAAAUGACAUCAUACCAGUG